AUGACGCUGCGCUCGGAAAAUGAAGUUAGUCGGCAAGGGGGCAGCCACGAGCUGCUGCAGCGCAGCAGCAGCGGACACGCCGCUGCUGCUGCUGCCGCUGCUGCUGCUGCUGCUGCUGCUGCUGCUGCUGCUGCUGCUGCUGCUGCUGACCCCUUUUCCCUGCUUCUCUGCCUCCUGGAUCUUCUCGUGGAAGAAGGCGUCGGUGGCCAAGUUGGCGUCGGACAAAUAAUAUUCGAUUUGGCGUUUAGUGGCUUUGAGUUCUUCCUCAGUCAUUUCUUCCCGUGUCUUGAGUUUGGGAGCUGCUGCUGCUGCUGCUGCUGCUGCUGCUGCUGCUGCAGGGCCCCUCCGCGGCCUCUUGGCCGGCCGGGGGCCCUUCCCGUGCUCCUCCCGGCCCGCAGCAGCCUCUGCUGCUGCUGCUGCUGCUGCUGCUGCUGUGGCUGCAGCAGCGGGCUUGGCCGCUGCUGCUGCAGGGCUCGCGCCCGGCUGCGCUGCAGGCGCGCUGGCCUCUUCUGCUGCCAUCUUCCUUCGCGGGAAGGCCCGAAAAAGGCGAAAAAGGAAAAAUUAAAAAACCAAAAGAUUUAUUUUUUGUUUUUUGUCGAAAAUAAAAAAGAAUAA